CCAUUUCAUGGUUAUGGAAUGGAAUUUAUACUAUUUGGGAGUGUGUACGUGUCUUGACAGUGAACUACCCUCUCUUCUGCACCGACUCAGAGGACUGGCUGACUUUGCAACCUGUGGGGGCAUAGCAUUCAUUGACAAGGAGCAAGCUUGAGGUAGGCAACACACAUGUGGCAACACUCGCUCUGUCGUUAGCCAAGGCCCCCUUGCAACUCAUAUACACUGGGCAGCUGGACCUGGGUGAUGCUAACAGGCCGGCUGGAGUGAGGAGUUGUGUAGUCAAAACAUUGCAAAAUACCUCAAGGAAAUGGGAUGCAGAGAUUGUAGUGUUAUGUAAGUGUACGAAGUGGAGGAAAAAGUGGAGGGGGACCAAGUGGAGCACAUGAUGUACCAACGGUACCCAGUGAAGCAGCAAGUAGAGGACCAAUCUGAGCCACAGAAGAUCCCAAGCAAUAAAAAGACAUUAACAUUUUCUGAUUUUAUAGAAGGGGAUCCCAGGACGCCCCCCCUUCUGUAUGAAACCUGUUUAAAAUUGUUUGCGAGCAAACACCUGCUCCACUGCGUGCUCACAAUCCUCACGCUUCUGAUGAGCCACUUCAGUGUCACGGGUGACAACCUACCAGGCAGUGCCGUCCCCAGAGCUUCGGAGAGCAAGACACACACCAGGGAGAUCAUGAACAAGAAGGCGUUUGAGAAUGCUGUGACUGUGGUGCUUGCAGUGGGUGGCUCCACCAAUAGUGUACCUGCAUGUGCUAGCUCUAGCAAAUGAGACCAGAGGAGGUACGACAUCCGCAAGUCUUAAAGACCCAAAUUCCUUAUUAUAUCUGAGUUGUCAAAGUUUAAUAGCACUUCAAACGAAGUGAUACUCAUAGCAACUCCAGGCAUCCCUCCUGAAGAUUUUGAAGCUGAAACUAUGGUUGAUUAAGCUAAUAGCUAUAAUCUAGAUCAAACAGUCCACGAAUCAGACUCUUGGCAGCUAAAAAUAGCCCAGUGCUUGUGUUUGGCGGGUAACACGCAAUUGAACUUUGACCUAAGAAAUGUGAGUCUAAACACUUUCUUUGACUCGCGGAUGUUGUACCUUCUCUGGUGUAAGGCUGAUAUGGAUUUGUGUAUUGAGGACUUGAACAGGAUUGCUGAUUGUGUGCCUCUGUUAGGCAACUUCAAGCCUCAUGGAAAGUACCACAUGGCAGACCUGCACACUGCUGGAGGCCUCCCUAUACUCAUGAAGGAGCUACUAGACGUAGGGCUCUUACAUGGUGACUGUCUCACAGUGACCGGAAACCUGGCAGAGAAUUUAGCAUCUGUCUCCAAAGCAUCUGAUCUGACACAGGACGUUGUGUACCCUAUCUCUAAACCCCUCUCCCCUCCCGGGCACCACAUUACCAUUAUCAAGGGUAGCCUGGCAACAGACAGUGCCGUGCUGAAGCUGAGUGGGAAAGUGUUUGACAAGCCGUUCAAAGGCCCAGUGAGUCUACACACCAUGCAAGGAAGGACACAACGCCCUCCUGUUUUGAGUGUGUCUGCUUGUUCCCAGGCGAUUGUAUUCGAUGGGGAGGGGCCAGCCUAUGAUGCCAUUAUGGGGGGCCAGGUUAAACCAGGACAGGUGCUCGUGAUACCAUAUGAAGGACCCAAGGGAAGCCCUGGCAUGCCUGAGAUGCUGAGUCCAGGCUCUGCACUAGUUGGUACCGGCCUAGGUAAGACCGUUCCCUUGAUAACUGAUGGAUGCUUCAGCGGAGCAUCUCAUGGGAUCAUGAUUGGUCAUGUGACACCCGAGGCAUUCGUGGGCAGGCCUAUAGCACUGGUGGAGAACGGAGAUAUGAUAAGCAUUGAUGCUGUCAACAGGAGAGUAGAUCUGGAGGUCAGUAAGGAGGUGUUGACGGCUCGGAAAGCUUGCUGGAAGAUUCCCCAGGAGCGUCAGAAAGUGAAGGGUCUACUGGCGAAGUAUCGACGCUCUGUGUCCAGUGCACAUACAGGAGCUGUGACCAGCUAAACCAACUGAACAUUGUAGUAGAGGCCAAAGUUUUAGUUUUGUCCUGUAGAGCAAAGAUUUAAUUACAUUAAUUAUACACUCUUAUUAUG